AUGCCCUCCUCCUCGACCAUCUCGUCUUCGGACAAGUCCAAGGUGAAAUCCGCCAUCCCCUCAUCCAGCAACAAGAUCAUCACUGCCACCGUCGGGCGCGUCUACGCUGCUCAUCCAAGCCCGUCGCAAUGGAGCUAUACUGGUGUUGAGGGUGCCAUCGCCUUCGUGCGUGACCUUGUCAAGGCAACGUUCUACUUCAAAGUCAUCGACCUCAAAGGCACUCGAGGUGUCAUCUGGGAGCACGAAUUCUACGACGGCUUCCAAUACAAUCAGGAUCGAACCUUCUUCCAUUCUUUCGAGGGCGAUGAGUGUCUCAUCGGCUUCUCUUUUGCAGAUGAAGGAGAAGCCAACGACCUUUUCAAGAAAGUCUCGAAUCGCUCAAAGUAUGCAAAAUCCAAGUCCGGCUCAUCCAGCACAAAGAAGAAGAAGGCAACCUCUGGCGGCAAGAUCGACAAGUCGAUGAUCGGCGCUCCCUCUGGCUUCAAGCAUGUCGCCCACAUGGGCUUCUCUGCAGAGCACGGCUUCAGCUCCGAGAACGUCGAUCCGACCUGGCAAGCGCUUCUGGAACAGCUCGGUAGUCUCGGCAUCAGCGAAAAGGACAUCCGUCAGAACGAGAGUUUCAUCAAAGACUUCGUUGGCAAGCGUGGCGGUCCAGGCGCUAUGUCCAAGCCGGCUCCACCCGCAGCUCCCAAAGCCAAGAAGGUUCCGCCUCCCGCCCCAACAAGCAAGCGAAAGGCGCCACCUCCCCCGCCAGCACCCAGAUCUCGUCAUGCCGCCGCAGCAUCCACUGCUUCCGCCUCGUCUGCUGCGCCUCCGCCUCCACCACCGCCUCCUCGCUCGGGCGUCAGCACCUCGGCCGCCCCUCCUCCGCCUCCACCGCCGCCCAUGCGUGCCCCGGCAGGAUCGAGUGCGCCGCCCCCUCCCCCACCGCCAAUGCGACCCGCGGCAGGCGGCAGUGCCCCUCCACCUCCACCUCCUCCCCCGCCUAUGGGUGGCAGCGCUGCGCCUCCUCCUCCUCCGCCACCACCCGCAGCUGGUGGCUCGGCUCCUCUGCCACCACCCCGGGACGGUCGCGGCGCGCUGCUUGCUUCCAUUCAAGGCAAAAGCGUGCACAAUCUCAAGAAGACCGAUGCUUCCGCUCCACCUUCUUCCGGAAGAGCUGCGGUGGCAGGCGGCGUCGCCGGUGCAGCAGUUGGUGCAGGAGCAGCUGCUGCUGCCACUGGGACAGAAUCUCCCGGCGCUGGCGCAGGCGAUGGUGAUCUUGCAAGUGCCCUGGCUGCCGCGCUCAGUCAACGCAAGGAGAAUAUGGGCGACUCGGAUGAGGAAGGAUCCGAUGACGAUUGGUGA